CACUUUGAACACAUUUUACAUGCCAGAAGUCACAAACACGACGAAUUCAAAAACACAAUGCAACGUCAAAUAUUCAAAAUAGAUUUAAGCCAUUUCCAUCAAUUAGUAGCGACUAGUUGUGAUUUAUAUAAAGAUGAAUUUACCGGACGGCAAGCAGUUAGUACGUGAAAGUUCCGGCAAACUUGAAGAGCCACUUUGUAGUAAACGAAAAAUGGGUUUGCACGCGAAAUUAGCGUGGAUCGCAUUGUCUUUUUGUCUGGGUUUGAUUGCUUUGGCCCACUGUAUACCGGUUGAAGUCGUCUAUACCGGUGAAGGCUGUGACUGCCCAUCGAAAUUGGACUUUUCCGUGAAUGUGCCGAGGGUUGCGAAAUCAAGGAAAUGUCAUACGCCCUAUGAAUACGGUUAUAAAGUGGAAGAACCGCGUCAAACAAAGACGAAAGUUUUAUACAGUAUUGAUUUCUCGGUCGAAGAACCACGCCCACCGAAACCUACUAAGCCAUCCAAAUUGAAUUUAUAUGCCAAGGUUGAUCGUGUAGCGAUCAGUAAGGGCGAUUGUGAAGAUAGCUAUGCCGCGUCAUCUGCGCCGUCCACCUGCCGUUGUGGACAAUGCGGCAUCUCCAAGCCGUCCUAUAGGUACGUAUUUAACGAUAUGGCCACUCCAUCACUACCCUGCAAAUGUCGGCGACCGAACUGCAAAUGCAAUCUGAGUCGUACGCAAUCAACUCCAUUCUCACCAAAUGCGAUUUUUAUGGGUAAACCAUUUAGUGAUUUCAUGUCAGAGCCAAUGCCUCUAGCAAAUGGCUGUGGUGAAGGAGAUGAUGGAUACGUCAAUAACGGCAGUGGCGGUGCGGAGGUUGGCGCUGUUAAUAUACGACGUAAACGCGAUUUGCAUCGCACCCUCUUCGGAUCACGCAAGGCUACUAAGGAGCGACCGAGUCGUUUUGUAAAAUUAUAUCACAAGAAUUUAUCUGAAACACCACGCCGUUUAUUCGACUUUGAGGAACAGAGCAAUAGACAACAACGCCGUCAACAACAGCAAAGCACACAGAAGAAACCGAAACGUAAGGCGAAGAAGCCACGAUACACACAUCCACGCUCACGUCUUGUGAAGCGUGACAUUAAGGGUGAGUACGAACUGCUAGAAAAGGAACGUGAGCAGAUGGAUCUGACAUUGCCUGAAAUCAUACAAUUUAUGCCCGAAACAUUGCAGCCCAAUUUUAAAAGGGGUCAAUGUUACUUCGGUUGCGGUACACAGCACUCCCAUCAGAUCACGUCAACCGAAAAUAACCCCAGCAAGUACACCAGGCCAAACAGCAAUCCAAACAGCUCCUCGGAAUACAGCACGCUAAGUCAUGAAAUCAACACAGACCAACCGGACAGUACUAUCACAUAUACCGAUACAAAUACCAGCAAAGGAGACAACAUGGGCAUAAAUGUGGAUAUGGAUUCGAACGAAGAAACAGAUGUGGAAAGUACACGGCCGAAACAGAGUGAAAAGGAGACCACGAUUCAAGACAGCCUUCUCAAAGAAAGCAAUGACUCUAUAGCAGAAAAUUCCAUCAGGUCUUCAUACAAAAAACGCAAUGCAGCUAACUAUUACAGCGGUAGAUCAACGUCAACGUCUGAGUCAGCUUACCCCGCAUUACAAAAGAAAAGAGCUUAUCGCGCACAUUCGCCAACAACGCCACCAAUUUCCACUAACCCAAAUUAUAAGUCGCCACAACAGUCAUACCAAAAAAUUGUCAAUUCAGCAGCGCCACAACAUGCCAAACUGAUGUACCAAUUACCAACAACAGCGCAACAUUACAUUUACGAUUAUUUGGGUCGCAAUUAUUUAGAAAAUAAUGGCGAAUUGCAUGGAAAGACCACGAUAAUAUCGGUACCAGAUCCACUGGACCACAAUGCUACACCAUUGCGCUAUGCUGGCGAUUUGGAAGAACCACCACAAACCUACUCCAGUCACCCAUAUGAUGCGACGCCUUCAGUUCACACCCAAAACUAUCCAGUGCAACAUAUUACUGACCAACAGUUAGAUAAGAUAAUUACCGACAUCAUUUAUAGACAUCCAGAAUUUAUAGACGCUACAAAACACUAUGGUGGCGCGUUAGUAGAUCCGGAGCCAUGGCAAGAGCAAGAAACAAUAUCAUUUUUUAAGAAGCUCAUCGACGGCCGUCUAAGCCUGUGGUUUGACCAGGAGGAUACCUACAAUCCACAGCAACAUAGUACAAGCUAUUACAGUAAUAUGCAUGAUUACGCUAUACCGCAGCUGCACGACCUCCUACCGCCGCUGCUGUAA